GAGAAAACAGCGAAUGCGAAGGGGAUUUAAAUUGGACAAAUAUUGUCCACCUUACUUGACGGAUAAGAAAGCACAGGCAGUAACCGGUCGUCAUCAGAGGUAACUAGGUGGAUAGAGAGACGCGGAGAAGCGGUCUGAAGAGGAAGGUUCCUGGCCGUUUCUGGACGUCCAUCUCUCCAGCCUACCUUCAUCACGUCCAUCCACCACCGCCCUCUUCCUCCUCCUCCUCCUCAGCCAUGGACCCCCCGAGGACUCGGUCGCGGUCUCGGUCUGGCUUCUAUCAUUUCGGCAUGAACGGCAGCGUUGGAAGCAACGGCAGUGGCAACGCGGUCGGUAACGGGAGCUUGAUGAACGCCAGCGGAGUAGGGGUGAGCUACCCGCAGCAGAGCAACCCUGGCUGGGCGCCGCACCAUGGUGGUCGAAGCUACCCGGAGAGCCAGCAGCAGCACACCCAGGGGAGCUACCUGUCAGCAGGGGCACAGCGCCACUCUUCGCACGGAGCUCACAGACACCCCGGGGCCGGAGGAGUGCUACAUUUUCAUCCAGAUAAUGUGUGCAGCGAGGAUCGGGACAAAAUGGAGGACAGCCCAAGCCCCAAAAGGCAACGUCUUUCCCAGCAGUCCAUGUUGGAUCUUAGCUCGGCCCCCCCUUCUACUCCUUCCUCACCCAUUCGCCCCUGGGAGCUGCCUCCAAGUCGCAGACCGCACCCCCAUUACAUGCCAGAGAGAUGCCACACACCUGUUCGCAACCGUCGCAGCCCUCCAAUGAGACGCCAGCGUGGCCGGAGAGACCGUCUGACCCGCCACCACCACCACGCCCACAACAACCACCACCACUACAACGGCAACAACAACAACAACCAUCACCAUCACCACCCCAAUGCCCACCACCAUCACCACCACCACCUGCACUCCCACCACGGCCCAUCAUCAGGCCACCAGGAUGAAAACUAUCGUCACCCUGCUCCCCCUCAGGGCUACCCACCCUACAGCCAGCAACCGCCCAGAGGACCUGGGCCAGGGCCCGGGCCUGAAGAGCGCCAAGGUUACCAUCCCCCAAACCCUUCCCCGAGGCCCCUCCACCAGUCACCUAACCUGUCUCCCAGGCUGCUGCAUCCUGCUGCCCACCCACAGCACCCACACCCUCACCCAUCCCAGCAACAGAGCAGUGUGGUGCUUGACCUCCAUGACCAGGGUUCAGCUCCAGUAUCGUAUCCCGUGUCUCCCCCCGGAGCGCCGCCGGGCCUGCCGCCUCGUUCUGCCCCUCAGCAGAUCCCAGCAUGCUCGGUGGUUUUCAGUGGACAGCACUAUCCCGUCUGCAGUGUCCCUCCUCCUGUCCUGCAGACCUGUUCUGUGCAGCACUUACCGAUGCCCUAUCCCUUCCCAUCACUGCUAUCCAGUGACCCAGCCUUCCUACUUCCGCCUCCUCACCUCCCCCAUCCCCCAGCACACCUUUCCCAUCACCCACCUCACCUGCCCCAGCCUGGACAGUUUGGACCUUAUCCGACACAGCAGGCACGUUCGCCGUUGCAGAGGAUAGACAAUGAUGUGGAGCUGCUUGGAGAGCACCUGUCUUUGGGGGCUGGACUCCACUAUCCCCCCGCCACCCACCCAGCCCUCACCCCACACUCCACACAACUUCACUUCCUCUCCCAUGACCCCCUGCCACAGGAGUUCUUUGGAGUUUCCUAUCCAAACUUCAUUCCUCGGCGUCUCCCGGGGCGACGGUACCGCUCGCAACAGCCACUGCCACCUUCGCCUUACCACCCCAGCCUCCUGCCUUACUUCCUUUCAAUGCUGCCAGUCCAGCCCACAGGUCCAGCGAUCAGCCUAGAGCUGGAUGUAGACGAUGGAGAGGUGGAAAACUAUGAGGCCCUCCUGAACCUCGCUGAGCGCCUGGGAGAGGCCAAACUCCGAGGACUAACCAAGGGAGACAUUGAACAGCUUCCCUCCUAUCGGUUCAAUCCAAAUAACCAUCAGUCUGAGCAAACACUGUGUGUGGUGUGUAUGAGUGAUUUUGAGUCCCGCCAACUGCUGCGAGUCCUGCCCUGCAGCCACGAGUUCCACGGGAAGUGUGUCGACAAGUGGCUGAGGGCCAACAGGACAUGUCCCAUUUGUCGGGCCGACGCCUCAGAGGUCCAAAGAGACUCAGAGUGACCACAUGAGGGAGCCAGACACUCCUCAUUGUCUGUCCGACACGUUCAGUACUGCCUGCUCCUGAUAUAAUGAUACAUGUGCGUGCUUGCACACACACACACACACACACACACACACCAUUUCCUUACCUUUUUGUGCAGCACCAUCUCCUACAUCUUUGUUGUUGUUUUUUUCUGUUUGAGUUACAUGUAUCACCCUCCCUGAGAAAUUCUCUCUCGUCCAGUUCUUUUUCCUGCCUGUCAUUUUUCCUCUUAUUAGCCUUUCCUGUACACGUACAUGCACGUGAAUGACCCACCAUCCUGCAGUGGUGUGUGUGUGUGUGUGUGCGCGCGCGUGCGUGUGUUAGUGUGAACGUGCAUGCACCACAACUGUGCAAGCGUUCUUUGGUCAGCCCUGUAAUGUAGGGCUGUGGUAUGUGACUGUGUGUUUUCAGUGUGUGUGUGUGUGUGUGUGUGUGUGUGUGUGUGUGUGAGAGAGAGAGAGAGAGGGUGUGUGUCUGAGGGAGAUUUUUUUUUUUUUAGAUAUCCUGGAGCAUGCCUGAGUUUCUGUUGUGUAUCAGACAAGCGUAACAUCUGAGACAUCUGAGAGUUUUUUUAUUGCUCUCAUGAGUGACUGACUUUAGUUCCUGUUUGUACGUUUAUGCACUGUCUGUCUGUAUGCAUACUCUGUGUGUAUGUAUGUUAUAGACUUUAAUCCUUUUCUCUAGUUUGACACUAAGGGUCCAUACUGCCACUAUACUUCUCAGUUGCCUAUUUGAUCAGUUUGUUUCAGUAGACUUAUUAUUAUUAUUGUUAUUAUUAUGAUUAUUGUUAUUAUUAUUCGACCAUUAUAGGUGAUUGUUUUCCUGCCUGGCAGUUACCUCAUCAUUCCAGUUUUGGUCAUCUUUCAUUACAAGCGCUUCACGGCACUACUUUUGAAAUUAAGCACAUUAUAUAUUUUUCUUUUCCUUUGUUUUCUUAGCAAAAAUAAGUUUGUCUGUGACUUUGCAGUGGCACAUGUGUUACAUAUAUACAUAUAUCUAUAUAUAUACUGUAUAAAUCUAUGAAUAUCUGUAUACCAAAUAAAAGGCUUGA